AUGUUUCGUACAAUAAGAGACAUUGCCGUCGCCCACUUCAGGCCCGCCCUGGACGCCGUCUUCUUCGGCCACCGCCUCCCUUGGUCCCUCCGCUGGCGCCUCUUGGCCUUGCAACCCAUCAUCUUCCUGACGCACUCCCUAGCUCUCGCGCCAUACAUCUUCCGGCGCCCUUAUGCCGUGCGCUACAUCCCCAUCAGCGAUACACGCUCCCUUCGGAUCCUCGUGUUUAAAGAGCCCGGCAAAGGAACAGGUCUCCACGGCCUCCUACGGCCUCUCCACGUCGACUGCCACCCCGGCGGCUUCGUCGGCGGUAUCCCAGAGGCAGACGCGCCUUUCUGUUCUCUUGUGGCCAAGGAGACCGGCGCCGUCGUCGUGAGUCUAAGUUACCGCCUCGCACCGGUCCACCCGUUCCCCGCAGCCAUCGACGACGUUGACGCGGCGUUGAAAUGGCUGCGAGACCACGCCGAGGAGGAACUCGGCGCCGACCCGAGGCUGUUGACCGUCUCCGGAGCCUCGGCGGGUGGUAACCUCGUUCUAGCGGCGAGCCAGAAUAUCCCCUCGCCGGAAUACGCGAUCCGCGCGUCGGCGACUUUUUACGCGCCUCUAGACCUGCGGCCGAAGCCGGAGGAGAAGCCGCGGCCCGCUGGUCUCCCGGCAAAGGACCCUUUGUCGUUCAUGCUCGCUCUGUAUGAUUCGUAUGCUGCACCUUCCAAGGCGGAGAAUAUGGACAACCCGAGACUGAGCCCUUACUUGGCGCGUGAGGAAACGUUGCCGGAGAGGAUGGUGCUUGUGGUUGCGGGGAUUGAUAUCACUGUUCACGAGCAGUUGACGUUUGUUGAGCGGGUGAAGAAGGAGCGGGAGGAAAAGGGGAAAGAUGGGGGAAGCGUCGAGGCGUUUUAUGUCGAGGAUUUGUUCCAUGGGUGUCUUGAGGUACCGAAUGUCGUUGUCCCUGUGAGUAAGAAGAUGGUUAUGUGGCAGAGGGGUCUUGAUGUUAUCAGGGCCGCCCAGGAGAGUCACGGCUGGCAAUGGAAGAAGAGCCUUUGA